AUGGACGAGACCGCGAGCUCUCCGCGAGCGUCGGACGUGACGUCGGCGAUGGGAAGCGAGAGCGAGGAGGCCUCUCCGAAGAUGCGGACGGUCGACGACAAGUCGGGCGCAACCUCCGCCGCCUCCUCCGCGCCGGAUAGCACCGCCGUAGCACCUGAUCACGUUGUCGAGUGUCGCGACCAGAGCUCGAUCGGAGCCGUGUCCCCGGGGCCACGCGCCGCUGCCGCUACCUCCUGCUCGACGACGCCGCAGUCGUUGCCGCUGGCACCGCAACCGGGGUGUGGCUGCGUCACGGCCACCGCCGCGGCCAACGCGGUCGACAAGGACGAGAUCACCGUGUGCAUCACGCCGACUACCGGUGGCCAGUUCGAUCUCACGGUGGACCGCAACGACACCGUGGAAAACCUCAAGAAAAUCAUCUCCAAGAAGCUGAAGGUCGCCAAGGAGCGCAUCUGUUUACUGCAUCGUGAGAGGCAGCUGCGUGAGGGUACGCUCGCGGAAAACGGCCUACAGAACGACAGUCGACUCACGCUGCUACCGAGCGUGGAAACCGGACUGCUGGCGCAACGACCGGAGCAGAGCGUGAUGCAGGCCUUGGAAAGUCUCAAUGACUCACAGGUGAACGACUUCUUGUCCGGCAAGGCGCCGCUCAAUCUCACAAUGCGACUGGGCGAUCACAUGAUGUUAAUCCAGCUGCAAUUGUCCACUGUGACUCCAACUACUCCGGCGGCCAAUCAGGCGGCGAGUUCUACCGGCAACAGCGGUCACAAUCACGGCAGCAGCAACGGCACCGGUGUACCGAUCGGUAGCAACGCUAAUGUAUCCAACGUAUCUGGCAACCAUGUCUCUUCCUCGUUACAAACAAGAAGGUGUUUGGCAACUAGAUCGCCCGGCAACACCGUCAAACCGCAGAGCGCGGCAAACACGUCCGUUGGAAAAACUUCGCACUUGAUUAACAGCCUCGCCAACGUUUUGCACGCUGCCGCCAGCUGCAGCAGCAGCAGUAGCAGUCUGCCCACUGCCAGCAUCAUCACUACCACCAGCAGUCCAGUGUGUUCCAGUCGGAUCACGUCGCCUACGCCACUUAGUCCAGCGCAUUCGUCGUCAUUGUCGUCGUCAUCGUCGCCGUCGUCGCCGUCGUCGCCGUCGUCGCCGUCGUCGCCGUCGUCAACUGGCAACGCAAACCAAUCCUCGCAGUCUACACGCACCAAUUCGCACGGCGCUCAAUCUGGCAACAGUUCCUCCGGCGCGUGUCAACCCUGCCCACUUUACCACCAUCAUCAUCAUCACGGUCAUCAUCAUGGCCAUCAUCAUGGCCACCACCAUCAUCAUCACCAUCACCAUCACCAUCAUCAUUCGAGGAACAAGCCCAGCUUGCUCAAUCUUUCCCCUUCCUCUUCUUCCUCUUCUUUGUCCCCCGUAACUUCGGGUUCUACUUCUACUCAGGAUCAAUCUACCGCCGAGUCCUACGACACAACGCUACCCAGAAAGAAGCUCUGCACCGGUCAUCAUCAUCACGGCGGUCAGCAAUCGUCGUCGGUUACCUCUGGUAGCGUGGAUGCCAUGAGAAGUCAAUACGAUGAGUCAAGUCCGCAGAGUCCUACCUCGUCUCUGAUGAUGGAGCAGCAGUCUCCCACUAAGCCUGCCACUCUCGACACGCGGGCGCUCGCCGAGGCUUCUCGGAAUCUUACGCAAAAACUGAAGCAACUCUCCUCUGAGGAAAACGCGAGACGUAGACAAGGUGCGAUAAUAGAGAGUAUGCAUCAUCACGGUAAGGGUGUAUAUUCCGGCACGUUCAGCGGCACUUUAAAUCCAGCCCUCCAAGACAGACACGGUAGACCAAAGAGGGACAUCAGCACCAUUAUUCAUAUCCUGAAUGAUUUGCUCUGCGCAACGCCAGCUGCAUCCGCAGGUCAUUACAGGCAUCAUCAUCAUAGGCAUUCGCAUGCUCGUCAGCAGACAUCCUCGAUGUCCCCGUCUUCUGCAGGCGCAACAGCCGUCGCGAGUGGAUCCGCGACAUCGGCUGGCUGUCAGGAGUCAACACCGGGAUACACCAACGAGGAGUUGUCGAAGGAAAACGAAGCGACCAAGGGAAAAAUGCGUCGGCUCCGCUUAGUCAUGGAGCAACGACGCGCCAAGAGAAAAGCCAGACGACAGGCUCGAGCGGCCCCGUACACUACUCAAUGGGCGGCGAUGACUCCUGCCGAUCCGAACCACGAGUCGAACACGUCAACGGCGACCUCGAGCACCACCACUGCCGCCGCCAACAGCACGGAAAACAGCACGCAGAAUGAGCCGGAGUUACAACCGUGUAGCCCCGAACCGGUCGUGGCUUAAGCAUACGUCACUCCGUAUUCAGUCAAUUCACGGCACAGUAGUAUCCUCUAUAUCGUACACAUAGAAUAAUUGUCUCUCUUGUUUUUCGUUUUCAUCGCACUGAUUUAUUCCAGAAGGCAUGCAGGGUCGAAACACGUGUCCUAUCACGUAGCUACCAAUUUGUUUCGUACAGCUCGUUUCGAUCAGAGUCAAACACUGCAACGUCUUCAACUCGAGACUCGAGAGUUUUUUGUGGGCAGCCUUUAUCUAAAUUAUUUCCACGAACUUAGUGAGAAAAAGACGAUAAAGUCGCAGUGUUUGACCGGAUUCGAGUCUCGAUCGUAGUUGACAAUAAUUAUGCUCGACGAUUGAAUCAGUGUGAUUUAUGUAUCCACACAUCGACGUCGCGUGAAAAAAAAGUCGAUGAAAGUCGUUUUUUGAAGAAAAAGAGAACAAAUACUCCUAUUAAGACUCCUACAUUAAGAAAUCCUAUUAAGAAUUUCCUGCUAGGAUUACAACUCGCCGAUAAACAUGCCACGCGUUCAAAAAGAAGAAAAAAAACUAAAGAGUUAUAGUAUUCGUUGUUUGAACUGCGCAGUUACAUAUUACGCUCCACAAUUAUUAUUCUCUCGCUAUCGGGCACUUUAAUCGAAAUCUUAUAUGUAGAUGCGAACGGAACCGUACUUUCGCGCAUUGUGUGCACAAUGCUCGCGAAUUGAUGUAUGCAAGACUGUUUCAAAAAGCAAUGCCAAAGUUCGCGCAUCGCCAGACUCACGAUGAAGAGGACUAUUAUCCUGUGUGGUAAUAGAAAACAAAAAAAACUAAUAAUUAUUCACGCGAAUAAACUUUGUUGCAAAAAUUUCACAUCUCUUAAGGACUGGUUGAUCUAAAAAUGAGCGACCUUUUGUAAGUAGCAAGUGCACUUUCCAAUGUCUUCUUCACAUUUGUUUCACAAUACGUACACAAGAGCAAUGUUAGGUGAAAAAGAUCUUGAUUUUAAUUUUAUUGUCUAUAAUAAAUUAUAAAACACAUAAUAUUAUUAUAUUAUGUGUUUUUUAUCCAGUCAGUUAUUUUCUUUUUGCCUAGCAUAAUAAAGGAAAAAUAUAAAGCGCUAAUAGACGUGCCGGUCUUAUUCAAGGUCUUCCUCGUCGCAUUUGUUGAUAAAUGGUUUUUGAUACAUUAAUAUUAUCAUAUACGAUUAUAGAUUUCAAAAUUUUUGUGCAAUUUUUUCGAGGCCUUGAAGGCAAUAUAUCUCAAUGAUUAAUGUUGGCUCUAUUUUGCUUGAAGCAAGAAAAGUGAGACUUCUAUUUUGCGUUAUGUGUAAUUUAUAUGUAUUUGUAGCAUAUGAUUGAGAAACAAAGGAAUUAUAUAUGAUAUUUAGAGUAGAGAGUUUGACUACUUGAAUCGAAUCGGGAAUACUAUAUUCAUAUCAGUUUUUACGGUGUAUGUACACAUUUUGAGAUAUAUAUGCUGUACUUCUUAAUCUUGCUGGUAAAGUCAUAUCGGAGAAUGCUCUUUGUUUAGAAUUAUACUAUAUAUUAUUUUUGGAAAAGAAAAAAAGAAAAAUACGAAGAAAAAACACGAGAAAAUAUAUCCAAAACAAUUCUAUAGUUAUAAAAAAAAAUUAUAUUGCAUGGCAUGCUAAUGACGCCACGAUUUGUUUAAGUUGAUUAGAAUAUUACAAAUACAAAAAAAAAAAAAAAAAAAAAAAAAAAAAAAAAAAAAA